AUGACGCAAAACUAAAUAAAAAUGCUAUUAUGCGUAUUUUAAGUAGCUUUCAUAUCAGCUGGGCUAUAUUUCUAUAUAUUCUGGAAGAAAAUAGAUAAUGUAAAGAUUACAUUUUUAAAUAUGAGAAACCUUAUUAUGAAUAGUUGGCUUUUGUGUAUGGAUUAAUAUUAGGAUUUACAGAAUUAUUGGUUGCAAUAAUUUUAUUCAUUCUAAUGAAAACUCGAGUACAAAUCACAUCUUUGGGAAUGAUUGGUCGUUAUAUUAGACAGAACUGCUACAAAGAAUAUUAUGCAUUAAUAAUAAUAAAUUUGGUAUAGAACUUGAUAAUUAGGCAUUUCUAAUAGCAUUUAAUAUAAUAACAAUUGUGGAUUCAGAAUCAGUAAGUUUUAAAAAUAGUUAAUCUCUCCAUUUUAUAGCAGCAUAUUAUAUUUAAUCGGUUCUUUUUGUAUUAUUCUCAAAUGAUCUAUUAAAGAGAAGAUCCUUGAUUCCAAAU